CUCACAGUCUAAAGAGACAAUGUGAGAUCACUCACAUUAUAACUAAUAACACAGAAGAGCAAUAAUUAAUGCCACCCAUAUUCUGUCAGUGGCUGUCAUGGUAACGUGACGUGACCCGAGGUGACCUCAGAGCUUCAGGCCUUUGGAGAAUCCUCUUUUGCACCUGGACUUGACCGGAGGUAACCCCGUGCAAAAUCUCUCUGCUGGAAACUGAACUUUGGGAAAACUGAUCUGCUGAUAAGCCUUGUUGGAUAUCUUGACCGGAGGAAACCUCGAAGAGAAAACUUUAAGAAACCUUCAGUUGUUCCACGUACUCUUCAUGGAGGAGUACCUGUGGGCCAGAGACAGGUGGUGGUUUCACUACUCUGCUGAUGACCUCUUCUGGCCCAGGAACAACGUCAUCGAGGAUCCUCCACCGCCCCCUGCUGAGGACGAGGAGGAGGAGGAGAUCGAUGUCGUGGGUCUGGACAAUGAGGAGGAGGAGCCUCACACAUCUGAUGGAGGAGAUGAAGAGGAGAUCGACAUUGUUGGUCUGGGGGACGAGGAGGAGCUGCAGGUGGCCGGGUCUCAGGGAGAGGACGGAGGUGCUGACGCUCCUGACAGGUUUGAGCGACCUGACAGCCGAGAAGAGGAGGAGAGAGAGGAGGAGCUGAAUGAUGCCAGACCUCCCUCUCCUCCUCUGCUGCACGAGGGUCCUGCUGAAGCUGCUUCUCUUGCUUAUCCUGUUCCUGUUUAUGCUAACCCCUAUGCUGCACCCUUUGCUAACCCCUAUUAUGCUGCCUACGCUAACCACUACGCUGCUGCUUAUGCUAACACCUACGCUGCUGCUUAUGCUAACACCUACGCUGCUGCUUAUGCUAACACCUACGCUGCCGCUUAUCCUAACCCCUACGAUGCACCCUUUGCUAACCCCUACCCUGCUGCUUAUGCUACCCUCUAUGCUGCUGCUUAUGGUCCCGCUUUUGGCUACUUCAUUUCUCUUUUUGCUCCUCCUCUUGCGUACCCUUAUCUUCUUCCUUUUGCAAACGAAGUGUCUGAGUUUCAGAUCCCUCAGCAGGAGCCUGAGACCCUCAGUCCCCGGGCCCAUGAGGAGUGAACAGAACUCUUCAGCAGCGACAAAGACCCUGCAUCUCCCUCAACUUCUUGUCUCAGCUCCUCCAAGAAGAGGAGGAGGACGAGGGGCCUCCAUGCUGUCUCUCUUCCUCACCACAGGUAGGUUUCUCUCUGAAGGAUGCUGCAGUGACCCUCUCUUAGUCCACUGACGCCUGGCCUCUGCGUCUCGCGGGACAAGGGAUUCCAGGGACAGCCCUUGCAUCUGGCGGGACUGAAGACUCCUGAGAUAGCGUCUUGCACCGGGGGCCUAUUUUUUCCAUCUCCACUUUUUUUGCGUGGCGGCUGGAUGGACUUUUCUUUCUUUGAUCCUGAAGGCAGGUCUCUGCAUCUGGCGGGGCCUGUUAGAUCUCAAGUAGCCUUCUCGUCUGGCGGGGCUGUCGACUUCCGCCGUGCAUGUAGCCUUCGCAUCUGGCGGGGCUGGAGAGGACAGAAGUAGCCCUGGUCAUGUCUUCGGAUGGACUCAACCUCCCUGGUCACAGUGCGAGAGACUCUUACUGAUGGAGCCGUGACUGGACCACACAGGGAGAGAGAAGAAGAACUGCAGAAACGAGAGGAAACCAAACAUCUUCUCCUCAGAACACAGGAACCAGAACCACCUGGUCUGCUCUACACCAGCAGAUCAGAACAACAACUUAUAGAGGGAAACUUCAAACAUCUAUUUCAUAUGGAUGAAGACGGUAAGCAUAAAUAUCUGACACAUGGAGGACAAGACUGAGAAAAGGUAAGAAUAAACUUAAUCAAACGUCAGCCCUUUAAUCUGAGCAGAUGUAACUUUGAUGUUUUGAAUAGAAGUCUAUAAUAGUAAGUGCUCUUAAGACCUUUAAUUAUUUAUGUCUGUGGUUAUUUAUGCAUUAUUUUGAAAGUUAAGCACAGAGGAAUAGUAAGAAUAAAAAAUGUUAGAUGUAACACCAACUUCUCAGAUUUAAAGGAGCAUUCACACAUUUAAAGGCCAAGCAUUAAGGGAGUUAGGCAGCUGAUUUAGUCGUCUUAUCCGUCAUAUCUUUCAAAGCACUUUACAUUUCUGUCUUCUGACUGACUCUAGUGAUUACUAUAAUCAGACAAAGAAACACAACUGUUAGUGUGUUUACUGUUCAUUCACUCUUGCUCCACCUCCUGAGCUGCUGCCGUUCACAUGAUGUGGAAAAAGGAAAGUUAGACUCUAACAAUGCUGCAUCUUCAUUGAUGAGUAUGAUCAUGUUUUAAUAGCCCAGACUGUGUUUCUCAUUCAAAUAUGUUUGAUGUGUAUUUCUGAAUUUCAUUCCUUUGCUCCUGAUGUUGAUCCAGAUGUUUCCUUGAUGAGAGAAGAAGAAAAGUUUCCUCCUGAUGAAAUGAGAGAGAUGACCGACAACGAGAUGGAGCGCAGAGGCUUCCAUGAAGGACUCUUCCUGGGUCUCUGGUUCUCUUCAGAGAGGGCGUCAGUCAAACUCAAGCGGCAAACUCCGGUCUCAAAUCAUGAAGCCAAUGCGGAAGUGCUAUAAACUGCAAUACAUCGAAAAUCCGCUUGAGGCUGGCUGCAGAAACACC